GUUUCUACUUUCUCCAGCCUGUACCAUGAACGAUCCUCUAUCGCCUUUGACAGUUCCACCGCCCAGAUAUCUCCUCGAAUCCGACUCAUCUGAUGAGGAGGGCCAGGGCUCUUACCUCGCCUCGCGGCUGAAGACAGCAUCGGCCUCUGUCCCGUCUUUCUCGAUUCAAUGGGCAGAUGCCGAGUCCAGCUUUGACACUGUCGUUGUAUCCACAGGACAAGCGGGAAAGUAUAUAGCCAGGAAAGCGGGUGCAUCUUCUCCUUGUUUGACAAUGCUCAUGGAUUCCGAAGUGAUGGGUCACGGCUAUCGAUGCGCCCAGGACCUCAUCAUCGUGCUCGACGACGAAAUCGAUGAAGCUCAACCGGCAGUCUGGGAGGGAGCGAACGCGUUAUUGGGCGUACAAGCCAAUAAAUGGAUCAUCGCCGCUGCCUAUCUUCCAUCCAUAUACAUCACCGACGAAUCUGAAUCGCCAUAUAAAUUUCAUCCAAUCCGCUACCUUCAUAUCCGUGGACCGGAUCCUCAGCUCGACAAAUCCGGUGCAAGGCGUCUCAGUCCGCCCAACUUUGUCACUGGCCUACCGGCCAGUAUCUCCAGCAUCGCAUCUCACCCUUCUAGCCCUCUACCCCUGUCUAGCCCAGUCACCACCUUACUUUUACCCCUUCCGCUAUCUUCCAUCCCAAGCGACCACUUCAAUGCCUCUAUAGCGGCCAUUUCGUCAUCACUCGGCAAGAGUCUCACAUCGCACGCAAAGGCCUCCGGGUCCAGGUGGACAGAGGAGCACGACGAGCAGUUCUCAGCUCCUGGAAUGGGAGGUAAGCGCAAAUGGCGAGAUAACAAGCAGGCUGCACGGGAAGACAUUUCAGUAAUGUAUAUGUAGUUUGGCAUCAGGCUUGUGGCAUCUGACUCAGCUGGCGACUUCGAUGGUAGGCGGACGAGUGUUCAUGCAUGUGAUGUCAGUC